CAAUAAGCGCUUCCAUGUUUUAUUUUAUUUUAUUUUUUAUUUCAACUUUAUUUAGCCAGGUAGGCCAGUUGAGAACAAGUUCUCAUUUACAACUGCAGACCUAAUUUCUCAUUUACAUAUGCAGACCGUACUUGCUACAAAGUUACAAGAAGCUAAACCAACAACCACACAAACCGAAAUUGGAUACAUUGUAAACGCAGGUCCAACGAGGAAAAACUUCGCUAGCAAGCUAGCAUUGAUUUGUUUUUGCAGAGACAUCUUUUUUUUGGAGCAUCUGAUGACCUAACGUGGCCCUGAGGGAUUGGUUAGGGCUCAAGACACUCACCUCUCACUCUUCCUGUGGCAACCCCUCCACUCAGCCCCUCGCCGUAAAACGGAACUGGUGGCAUGAUCAGCCUCAGUGUGACUGACAGGAGGUGGAGGGUUCAGCUAAAACCCUACACACUAGGGCCGAUGUGCUCCAUGGGUUUUGCGCGGUCGCUGGGCUUUGCCCUUCUGCCCCUGGCUGUGUGCUGUAUCAUGGCCAACAUCCUGCUGUUCUUCCCUGGAGGAGAGAUCCAAUAUGUCCAACAGGAGAGACUGUCCAGGCUGAUCUGGUUCAUGAUGGGAAUCGGAGGGGGAGGUGUGUUGAUGUUCCUGCCUGCUGGAGUGUUCAUCAGCCUGGGGAGUUGUACAGGCUGCUGUUGGAAUGAAAGCUUCAUGAUGUGUGGGUCGGUAAUGGCAGCUCUAGUGGGUCUGGCCGGCUCGGGAUACUGUUUCAUCAUCUCAGCCAUGGCCAUUUUGGAGGGACCUCAGUGCUUCACUGCUCUGGGAUGGUCUUAUCCCUUCGCUAAUGAGGGAGGAAGGUACCUUAUGGAGAAGGACUCGUGGUCUAAGUGCCUGCAGCCUGUCAGUAUUGUAGAGUGGAACGUGACCCUGAUGUCCAUCCUGCUGGGCCUCAGUGGGCUGGAGUUCAUCAUAUGUGUCCUGCAGGUCAUCAAUGGGCUGGUGACAGCUGUCUGUAGACCCUGCUGCUACAAGCAGGACUACACCCUCAAUGCCUAAACACACACAUAGAUGAGACACAGACACAGACAUAAAAUUUGACACACAUGCACGCAUGCAUAUAACAUAAGAUUGAUGCGCAAUACACAUGAUGACACAUAAGACACAUGCACACACAUACGAUACACGCCAGGAGCGUGUACAAUGCCAUCUGUUUAACAUUGCUUUCCAAACACUCCUGGGGGCACAUCUCAAUAGUCCAACUUCCUCUCCUCGUAUCCUACAUAGUCCCUGAGCCAGUUUUUAAUCAGAAAGUGUGAUUAAUAAGCGAAUGCUGUCUCAUCCCUGUAUGUUGGAGAGAUACCUGUCUGAAUGUUCAGUUAAUUUAUAGUAUUAAUUUCAAAGCGCUGUAUUAGAAAUACACUGAAUGAAUGUGUGUAUAAUACAGACCGGAACUGCAGUAUUUUUUAUUUUUGAUGUCUUAAGUCUACAUUUUACUAAAGCACAAAAGUAUAUAUUUUUUUGUAUGAGAGUUUUGUCUUUUGUAUUACUGUUUUCAUUUUCUGAAAAUUGUUGUCUCGCAGAUGCUAAAUUGUUAAGGCCAUUUUAUAUAUUUAGUGCAUUUGUCAUAUAUUUUAGUGUUUGUGCUGCCUUAAACAAAUACUUAUUUUCCAUUUGAAUUGUUCUGAUUAUAAUUUUUUGUAAAGAUGAUACAUUUGUCAACGCUGUAUACUUUGAUACUUAUUUGAGUAAGGAUAGAUGGGUUGCGCAACUAUGGGGCAAAACAAACAGGGUUGGCUUAGAUUGUUGAAAACAUAUAAAUUAUAUUUAGUCUCUAAUGUUUAUUGAAAACCUAAAUAUACCGAACAAAAAUAUAAACGCAACAUGUAAAGUGUUGGUCCCAUGUUUCAUGAGCUGAAAUAAAAGAUCCCAGAAAUUUUCCAU